CCGUGACGGACGUAACAACCAAUGCGCCCCUCUAUAGCUAAUCUAAAAACAGACAUCUGUAGCCUAAUGUCGCUUUUAUUUUGUUGAUUUCACUUAAAAAAUGGUCAUAGGUGCUGCGCGGUCGGCUGCACAAACAGACAAGCAUGCAAACCAAACUUGUCAUUUUAUAACUUUUAAUGAGGAAAGAAAGAUCCUCAGCGAUGGACAGCAGCCCUAAAUAUUAAUGACUGGCUGCCCUCGGUGUAACCACGGAUUCGCUUUUUACAAGGUAACACAUGUCAAAAUGGCCUCAUGCCUGCGCUGGUGCGUCCCACCCUGCCGACCGUCCAAACCUCGCUGGGCAUGAAGCCGUUCCUCCCCAUCCCGCUGGACACCACCUCGGCCGCUCGCCUUUUCCCAGGAUUCAACACGAUGGACCCGGUGCAGAAAGCCGUCCUCCAUCACACCCUGGGCAUCCCUCCCACAGCCAAGAGGAAGCAUGUGUCCUGCAGCGUCUGCCAGCUGAGGUUCAACUCACAGGUGAGCCACUCGAAUAUAAAUUCUCCGCAGAAUCAGACUCCACAAAGGCUUAAUUUGCUGGGCUGUUCGGCCCGAAUCGCAGCUGCAUUGAGAUGCAGAUCAAGUGUUCAGUCCUCUGUAGGCGAUGAUGCUGACUGAGCAGCAAGACAAAAA